CCAGAGUUCAGGCCAUAGAGCAGCUGACCGUUAUUUCCGUUGAGAGAGUUCAGCUGCCAAGACUGAAAUGUAACAGCUGAAAUCCGCCAGCAUGCAAGAUAAGACAUGGACUGCCCGCUCAGCCGAGUUUGGUGUUGGUCUUGGUCCAUCAAACCACCGGCCAAGACUUUGGAUGUUUAUUUCACUUGAGCAGACCGACGUUGGAUUUUCUUUCUUUUUCCUAUCCCGGCUGUCCUACGAGGGAUAGGGUCACUAUUAGCCACCAAUCACCACUCUCAGUCACCGCAUUCAGUCGUCACCAUGCCGUCACGCCUGGCCUCCGCACGCCUGUUUGGGUCGCUCCUCGCAGCGGCCGCAGCCUCAGUCUCAGCAAACGCCGUCCCCCAGCAGCUUGUUGGCGGUGUACCGCGAGUCGGCAAAGGCGCAUCAUUCAUCCCGGGCUUCGUCCUUCCUAAUUUCGCCAUCAGCACCUGCAGCACGGGCGAAACGGAAUGCCACGAUGGCUGCAUGCCCUCAAGUGCCGAGUGCUGCGCUGACGGCGACGGGUAUUGCUACUCUGAUAAAUACUGCGUUGGCAACACUUGCUGUCCCAACGGGGACACUUGCGUCGACGAUGGUAGUAUUGUAUGCGAGGCGGGAACUGAGAUAUGUGGCACCACGUGCAUGCCUGAAGGAAAUGUAUGCUGCACUAGCUGGAAUUGCAAGCCGGGAUUAAGCUGUGGCGGCACAAAGGGGAGUUGUGACUCUGGUGCAGGUGGUGGUUCAGAUGACGAGGUGACAUGCGAUGUCGGACAAGAGGCUUGCGGCGACGGUUGCAUGCCUGAAGGGAGCGUAUGCUGUGAUACGGGAUACUGCGACGAAGGUCAGACUUGUGGCUCCGAUGGAAACUGUGAAACCCCACCGCCAACGUGCGAUGACGACCAAGAAGAAUGUGGUGAUGGUUGCAUGCCGAAAGGUAGCGUGUGCUGCGACACGGGAUACUGCGACGAAGGUCAGACGUGUGGCUCAGACGGAAAAUGUAAAGAUCCCCCGACGGUCUGCGAUACCGAUCAAGAGGAGUGUGGCGAUGGCUGCAUGCCCAAAGGAAGCGUGUGUUGCGACACUGGGUACUGUGAUAGCGACCAGGAAGAAUGUGGCGAUGGUUGCAUGCCCAAAGGAAGCGUUUGCUGCGAUACCGGAUACUGCGACGAGGGCCAGACAUGCGGUCCAGAUGAUAAAUGCCAAACCCCACCGCCGACCUGCGAUGGUGACCAGGAAGAAUGCGGCGACGGUUGCAUGCCCAAAGGAAGCGUGUGCUGCGACACGGGAUACUGCAACAAAGGCCAAACCUGCGGCUCAGGCGGGAAAUGCCAAACGCCAGAUCCGUGUGGAGACGGCAAGGAUGAGUGUGGCUCCGGGUGUAUGCCAAAGGGAAGCGUCUGCUGCGGCGAUGGAUAUUGCAAUUCGGACCAGACUUGCACCUCGGAUGGGCGCUGUCAGAACAAAGGCCCGACGUGCGAUUCAAAUCAAGAAGAAUGCAGCGGAGCUUGCAUGCCGAAAGGAAGCGUCUGCUGCAGCGACGGAUAUUGCGACAAGGGCCAGACCUGCACCUCAGACGGACGCUGCCAAACGCCAGAGCCAGACGGUUGCGGGAGCGGCAAGGAGGAGUGCAACGGCGCGUGUAUGCCCAAGGGAAGCGUGUGCUGCUCGAGCAGCGGCUACUGCGACAGCGGCAUGGAAUGUACGUCGUCUGGAGGCUGCAGGCCCGAGGGAUCAGUCGACUGCGGCGCCGACGGCUACUGCGAGGCCGGAUAUGUAUGCGACUCGAGCGGGAGUGGCAGCUGCAGCAAGCCAGGAUCCGAUGGAAGCAACGCCGAGACGACUAAGAAAGAACAAGACGCCAGCGAAGCCCCUGCAGCAACCAAGGCGGACGCGAGUGCUACCGCAUCAGUGGCUAUUCUGGGUGACAGCAAGGCGCUUUCUUCUGACGGCGCUGUCACCAUCGUCGAUCCAUCGCCAACCGAGUCCGCGGCACCGACCGACCCAGGUUCCCAGAUCGACUCUGGAGGCGACGGUGGUUCGGAUGACUUUACCGAUGGGAAGCCCAACGGGGCAUCGAGCUUGCAGGUAUUUGGUGCAUCUGUUGUUGUCGGACUUUUCGCUCUGCUUUCACUUCUCCUUUGAGGCCGUAAGGUUCUAUUGAUAGAUCGAGCGGCGUUCUUAGCAAGCAAUGCUGUCCAUAAAUUCCUGCGUAUCCCAACAGAUUCGAGGCAAUAAAACCGACGUUGUCAGCGCUUGGGUUUUAACAAGAGGGUUGGUUGCCAACUGGUCCCCCAGCCCAAGAGAACACAGCCUGGCUCGGGAAUUGAUACGGUACCGAGGGCCGCCUGCAAUGCGCUGACAGUGGCGGCAUCAAAAUGAGAUUAUCCGAAACUGAGUUUGAUGACACCGUAUAUUCUAUCUGCAAUACACGUGGUUUGACAAGAUCUGACGGGCG